AUGGUCUUCUUCAAGGCAAAGCACAUUACUCGACCUCACUCCGUCAACAAUUCCACGAGCCAGAAAGAGGCGAGUUACGCAACUUGGCCCCGUCAUCUGUAUACGAUCGCCAAACUGAUCUCAAGAUCUCUUCGGGCUCGUGCUUUCCACGUGGAUCCUGCCAGCUUCGCUUUUUUAUCUUGUCUUUGUCUAAGUUUGACAAACUGCGCAUCCACACAGACUGCUUUAGCAGCUGCUUGUGGCGCCAUAGGAUCCUUCCCAUUGCUCCAUGCAGAACGCCCCACUUUCCAAUUUACCUCUCUUCCUACACCGUGCCCAACCCAGGUAAACUUCCCAAAGUCCUGUCAUGAGGUUCCGCCACGUAGUCGUUCUGCUGUGCUUCUUGGAAUCGCCGCAGCAACCGGCGAAUCCCAGCUGAAGACAUCAGCCACCCUGACCCACACACUCGAUAGCAAUACCCCCACCAAGAGACUUCUAAGAGCUUAUGAGGACGAAGAGAGGGGUAUUUCUGCAAAGAUUCCCGGCCUGGAGAAGAUUUCAAGCGUGCUCAAGUCAAGCAAGACCAAAGAGCUGGAGGGGCUUCUCAAGACGGGUGAAUCUAUCGGUAACGCCUUCAAGACGUUGAAGCUGAGCACGAUGCCAAUUGGCAAGAAUGGCUUCAUCGAAUCGAAGCUGGUCGAUCCAAAUGGUGCAAUGGUCACAGCGCUCACGAACGUUUUCGGCGAGAGAAAUCUGGCAAUAAUGAUCGUGUUGGGUAAGGAUACAAGGAGUUCCAGAGGCAUAGCCAAGAAAUUGGAGAGCGCGUUGUUCAACUCGUGGUUCAUUCAGAAGAAACAGCCGGAUGCACGUCUCUCGCGCUACUGGGGCAGGACAAGGCAAGAAAACUCUUCAGCAGUACAAAUCCGCAAGUCAAAAAUGGGGAGAACGGGUGAGAUCACGGAAAAUCGACAUUGA